GCGCUGCUCCGGCGCCUCGUUUCCGUCGCAGAAACCUCUUCACGGUCAGAUAUCCCGCUCUUUGAGAAAUGGAUGCUUUUAAUCAGAUGUUAUCACACUACCCUCAUGCCUUGUAUGGAGGAGCUGGAGCAACAGCAUGCGCUACUGGAGUCUUAAUAUACCGAAUUGUAACAAGGAAGAAGCCGACGCAUGUUAAUGUGAACUGUUGGUUCUGCAAUCAAGACACAGUGGUUCCAUAUGGAAACAGAAACUGCUGGGACUGUCCCAACUGUGAGCAGUACAACGGCUUCCAAGAGAAUGGUGACUACAACAAGCCCAUCCCAGCACAGUACAUGGAACACCUGAACCAUGGUGUAUCAGCGGGUCUCACCCAGGCAGAGGUGGCUCGGCCGCUGCAGUGGGUCAACUGCCAGAUGCUUCUGUGCAAGAAGUGUAACCACAACCAGACCUUGAAAAUCAAGCAGCUGGCGUCUUUCCUGCCUCGUGAUGAGGAGAAGUACGACGAGGAGAUCGAGGUGUACCGGCACCACCUGGAGCAGACUUACAAGCUUUGUCGGCCCUGUCAGACUGCUGUGGAGUACUACAUCAAGCACCAGAACCGGCAGCUACGCGCACUGCUCUUCAGCCACCAGCUGCGGCGUGGUCGUGAUGCUCAGUUGGGCUGUGUGCAGGCCUCCCACUCCAUCUCGCCGCCAGCAUGGGUGAUCCUCCUUCGCUUCCUGGCCUUCCUUACCUGUGUGUUCCUGGUGCUGAUUGCACUGUAUGGGCGACGCCCGUUUCUAGCCACUGCAAGCCCCUUGCAGACGCAGAGUGGGGGUGUGAACUCACCUGGAUCCAGCCCUCCCCGCGAGAAUGUGUCGGACCACAGUGGCAGCGAGUUGGGGGGGGUGUGGCGUGAGCUGCUGGGCCUGGUGCCAGGUGAUGCCCUGGAGAAGGCCCAGGUAGCCUGGGAUUAUGGCAACGACCAUCAGAUGGUGCUGGUCUUCCUGGGCCUGCUGACCUGUGUCAGUAGCAUUUUCCUCGCCGGCCUCAUCAGGCUGCGGCGUAUUGACGCUAUGGCCUCACUGCUGUGGUUCCUGGUCCUGAGCCUAUACCUGCUGGAGAGCUACCUGCAGCCAGACACCCCGGGUUGGCUUGACACGGUCAAGCUGAGCACCACAGCCCUCUGCUGCCUGGUGGGCUUUGCAGCCGCCGUGGCCACGCGCAAGGCUGCCAGCCAGAGGAGAGCCAGGGCUCGAAGGUAUCUGUCUGGCAGCUCUUUGGGCUCCUACUACGACGGGCACAUCCCAGUGAUGGCAUCGGCCCUGUCAGGACCCUCCCCCUCCUUUGCACCCACACCACCUCCCAAUCUGUUGCACUUUCUCAGCCGCCAGCUUUGCCAGCAGCGAGGUCGCCGGGCCUCCCCCUCCUCUCUGCCGGGCCGCCUGAGUAGAGCCCUGUCCCUGGGCACUAUACCCUCCCUUGCCUGCACGGAUUCAGGUCAGCUGUUCAGUGGUAGUCGGCAGCCUUCACUAUGUAAAGAUUCUCUGGCAUCAGAUUACUUCUCAUUAAAGUCCGGAAGCCGACCUUCAUCCCCAGGGCCUUCGCCGGCUCCCUCAGUCGCGGGGUCUGUGACAUCCACGUCCAGCUCGGCCCGCCACCGUCGGCCCAUCAUCAGCCCAGCUAGACUGCACCUGGGCGGCAAGAAGCUACGGCUCUUCUCCAGUCCCACGGAGCCUGGCUCACUGUCUACGUCUCGCUGCUCGCCGGAGCCCGGCCUCUACCCCAGCUCCAUAUUUGGCCCAGAAUCCUUGGCCUUCCCUUCCAGCAACCGUGACCUAGGUUCCCUUCUAGAAGAUAGCAGUGUGUAUGAAGAUGUAGAAGAGAAGAAGAAGAGUGGCUCCUCAAACUCUUCUACCUGCCUGGUGGACACUACCACCGGAAGAGGCGUGGAAAGCAGAAGCGCACUGAAGGGUAUUCUGCGCUGCUCUCUCUGGUUGGGUCUCCUGGGCGUUAGCUUAACAGCCAACCUGGUAUUUGCCUCCCUGUACUGCUACCACACCUGGAGAUGAGCACAAAGGCUCCAACCCCUCCUCACUUGACCCCUGAUCCUCACCAUGGCACUAAGCUUCAAGGUGUCUCUUAUAACGUGUAAGCUGGGACCCCCCUGCCCAACCCCCCCACAGAUGCACAUUUUCAUUUUUCAGUUUAGCAAGAUCUAUAGAGCUCCUGGAUUACAGCAAUUCAGAGAAGUUGGAGAACAAGCUCUUUUGGAAAAUACUCGGAGGGUGUAAAUUACUUCAUGCUCAGAUGUGAUGGUGCAUCUUUGUCUAGUGCAUUACUUCCAGUCAUUCUUAUUUCUUAUUUUUAUUACUUUUUUAAUUACUUGGCACACUUUAUGUUGCAAGUUUUAUGGACCUGUCUGUGGAAGUAUUGGCUGUCCUUGCUUGACAAGAUGGUCUGAGCUGUGCUGAAGUGCUCGGUGUGUGCUGCAUUCGUCGUGCUUGUACACGUGUCCUCAUCAUUUCAAAAUGUAAAACAAGCUUUUGUGCUUGAGUCCUUUUUGUAUUUGGCAGCAAUUGUUCCAUUAGCAGGAGCAAUUAGAUAAGAAGAAAUACUUGAAUAUCAGCUGUGCUGGCAGUGCACCCCUGGAAUGUGUACGUUUCGCAUGGCCCACCCCCAAGCUGCUUGGUCACACUGGCAUCCUGUCUGUGGGGGCUGCUGGUCUGUCAGGCUGCUGUCUUGCAGGGAGACUGGUUUGUUAAUGCCAAACAUGGUGUGUCCCAGAGUACAGGGUAGUCGCUCCUGCUCUGUAUUUUGUUUUAAAUCUAUGCUAAAGAUCCCUGUUUUCCUUGGAUAAUCCAUGUGGAAUAUUUUGGCAAGGAAAAUGUACAACACUGUUACUUUUGUCUGGGGAAAGAUGGCAUAUUUCUACUUUUUGUUGUAUUUGAAAUGUAACUGCUAUGUCAGCUUGCAUAAUUUGUCGUGAAACAUGACUCCUUGGUUUAUGUGUUUACAUGUUCUGUGAAUAAGCAUUUCUCCAACCUUAACCACAUCUUUUUAUUUAUCUUUAACACAAUCCUGAAGUGAAACCUGUCACUUCUGUGUUUUAUGUUAGUUUACUCAGAUCAGUUCAAACACUAUUUUGGCACAAGGACUCUUGAGUUUGAAAGCAAAUUGAAACCUAGUUUGAAAGCUGGAAAUCAGUGUUAUUUGAUCAGAUGUUGCAUAUACAGUGACUAUAUGAUUGAAGUUCUCUACGUUUCAUGAUUUCAGAUGCCAAGAUUCAGAUUACUGUAGCCCCUUGAGAUUUUUACAUGGUAAGAAUAAACCAUGUUUUACACCUUUA